AUGACGGAGAUCCUCCAACCAUACAGCGUGUCGGAGUUCAACAAGAUCCCAGACCUCCACGAAGGAACGACAGCUUUUCAUGCCAAAGAUGGUAUGAAGUUUGUGAACGAAGUCUUUGGGCCUCUUGUACUGAAGCACGGCCUCGAGGCUCAACUCGGCAUCACUAUUCUGCAUCGUCACUUCGACUUAAAGGAUCCUGAAAAGCUUGUUGAAUUCAACAAUAUCUCGCUACCGUGGAAGAAUCAAGACAAAGAUGAUUCUCAUUCCGGCGGCAAGAUUCUACCCAAUGCCUGGCUCCUCAACAACGGCAAGUUGAUGCCAUAUGAGUUCUUCUUCUCUCCCUUCAACCAAGAAAAGUCAGUCGACCUUACCCAAGACAAAGUCCGCGCCUUCCUAGGCGAAUUCGUCCAAGCAGCUAAGUAUUCGAGCUUGGACGGGAUUGUUGCUUUGAAAAUGUUCCCUGGUCCUGGCUUUAGAGGAGGCUUGGAGUUUUCCGAAGGCAGAGCAAACAUCGUUCUCAAACCGGGCCAGUACAAACUCGAGAAUUCCCAAGCCGCUGAAGUCACUUGGUAUUUCGAGCGAGGGUGGAGGGAGCAGAAGGAUUAUUGCCACUGCACUAAAUACUUCAAGGAUCAUUUCCACACGGUAGAACAGUGCUAUCCAGGAGAAGAGGCAGGCCGGCCGGCUAGUCUAAAGUGA